AGUAAAUGUCAGAUACCAGCUGAUCCGGUCGUCAACAAAAAAAAUCACACAAAAACAGUGCAAUACUACCGUGGAAAAUCGAGAAAACUCAAUUUUCCUCACCUAGAAUUCCACUUGACGAUGAGUGAAAAUGCUGCGAAAGGUGCAAAAUACUGUAAAGUGCUCAUAGUGGGUGCAGGAGCAGCAGGACUCUCCUCGGCGAACCAUCUGCUGAAGAAUGGUUGCAAGGAUUUCCUCAUUCUCGAGGCUAGAAAUCGCAUCGGUGGACGGAUUGUCUCCAUUGACAUCGAUUCCCAGAAGGUGGAAUUAGGAGCAAACUGGAUUCAUGGCGUCCUGGGGAAUCCCAUCUUUGAGUUGGCCAUGUCAUCGGGCUUAGUGAGCAUCAUAAAUGUCCCGAAGCCACAUAAAAUUGUUGCAGCCACGGAGGAUGGGAAGCAAGUUCCCAUUGAUAUUCUCCAUGAGAUUUACGAGGCUUACGUGACUUUCCUGCGCCGGUGCGAAGAGUACUUUCUGUGUCAGUACGUCCCACCGCCUGAUAUUCACAGCGUCGGGGAGCACAUAAAUCUCGAAAGGGAGCUUUAUUUGGGUGAAAUGCCCGAAUCGGGGGAGAAGAGGAUCAAACAGUUGAUUUUCGAUUGCCUUCUCAAGCGAGAAACAUGCAUAACUGGCUGUGAUAGCAUGAAUGAAAUUGAUCUGCUGGAGCUGGGGAGCUACACUGAGCUCCAAGGAGGGAAUAUUGUCCUGCCGGCAGGGUAUAGUUCGAUCCUGGGACCCCUCACUGAAAACAUUGCCCCUGAGCAAAUUAUCAAAGCCUGCCCCGUGCGAAUGAUCCACUGGCGACGGAAAGGCUCCACAACAGCUACCGUUGGGAACCUCACGACAGUCGAGGAGGAUACCGAAGGUGAUUCUGAUGAUUCCGACAAGACCGUCACUGAGGCACCCACACGGAAUUUCAAUGUUAAAGUAGAAUCCGAAGCUGGGGAGAUCUUCUAUGCUGAUCAUAUAAUAUGCACAAUACCCCUGGGUGUCCUCAAGGAGAAGGCGGACACACUCUUCUCACCCCAAUUGCCUGCUUACAAGCGCGAAUCCAUCGAUAGGCUUCUUUUUGGGACGGUUGACAAGAUUUUCCUCGAGUACGAUCGACCCUUUCUCAAUGCCACCAUCAGUGAAGUUAUGCUUCUGUGGAAUGAGGAUCCAAAUCCUCAAGCUAGCCUAAAGGAUUCGUGGUACAAGAAGAUUUACUCUUUUGCAAAGGUCACGGAAACCCUCCUUUUAGGGUGGAUUUCUGGGCGUGAAGCGGACUACAUGGAGACACUUUCGCACGAGGAAGUUGCUGAAAAAUGCACCGAGAUCCUGAGGAAGUUUCUUCAGGAUCCAUUUGUACCCAAACCUAAAAGAUGCAUCUGCACGAGCUGGAGAAACCAGCCCUUCUGCAGAGGAUCCUACACAGCCAUGGCAGUCGGAGCAACACAGGAAGAUAUCGAGAAUAUUGCACAACCUCUCUAUUCAGAUCCACACCAAACAAAGCCGUCUGUUUUGUUCGCUGGCGAGCACACCCACGCAAAUUUCUACUCAACCGUUCAUGGAGCCUAUUUGAGUGGACGAACAGCGGCCCAAAUAAUCCUCACACCGGACUCCCCGCAGGAGAUUGUUAUGGAGUCCGAUAGCACGGAUCUCAGCGCUUGGAUUCAGGGCAUUUCACUCGAUUGAAGUGAGCUGAUUACAUUGAAAAUAAAGACGUAUCGUGACAUUUCUUCGUGCUUUUUACCAUGAGAGUGAAAAAUUUACAUUAUUGUAGAUUUUUUUUUAUAAUUUUAAAUAUUGUAUUUACCGAAAAGCAGCAUUUUCUAGUCCGAUAUUUUUUUUUAUUUAAAAUCCCAAAUAUUUAAGGCUUUUUAGUAUGAGUUUAGUAGGUACACUAAUCUGAGAAAAUAAAAAAAAGUAUUGUUAAUUCAAAGAUAAAA